AUUUACUUUUAGUACGUUCAAAGUAGUCUGUGAGGUAAAAAUGGCUAGAGACGUUAAAGGAAAAGUUGUAUUAAUUACAGGCUCCGCAGAUGGGCUUGGACUAGCAAUGGUUGAUAAUUUUCUGAAAAAUGACGCAAAACUUGCUAUCAUGCUUGAUUUUAACGAGAAAAAGGGAUUGGAAUCUGUAGCAGCCAUGAAAGCUAAAUAUGGUAAGGAUAGAGCUGUAUUCUAUACGUGCAAUGUUGUUACUGAUCUUGAAAAGAUUUUCGAUGAAGUAAUUAAACUAGGAUACAUUGAUGUUGUGAUAAACAAUGCUGGUAUUCUCGACGAAAAAAACAUAAAAAACACAAUGAACGUCAACGCGAUAGCAGUGAUGGAAUGGACGAUGAAGUUCUUUGAAUACAUGAGAAACGAUAAGGGAGGAAACGGAGGUACUAUCAUAAACAUAUCAUCAAUAUAUGGCUACAGAGUUACCGCGCACAUACCUUAUUAUCAUGGAUCUAAAUUUGCGGUAAUGGGAUUCUCUAAAUCUAUUGGACAUGAAUAUAAUUACAACAGGACAGGAGUGAGAGUGGUAACAUUCUGUCCAGGCUUAACUAAAACCAACAUGGCAAAUCAUCCACAUGUAAGAGAGGAUGCUACUUUUGAUGAUUUUGCUCUCGAAUUGAAGACAAAUUACGAAUGGCAAACUGCAGAUGAUAUUGGCAGAGGAAUGGUUGAAACGUUUCAACAGGCUGAUACUGGUUCUGUGUGGUUAGUGGAAGGUGGACGACCUGCGGAGAAAAUAAAUAUUUAGAAUUA